AUGGAAGAGAACCUUAGUGAAGAUUCUUUAGAUAACGGUGGAGUUAAUUGCGAGGAUGUGAAUAGGGAUUACAUGGACGGUGGUAAAAGGGCCUGGGGAGAUGAUAAAGUUGAUAAAUAUGAGUUUCAAAGGGAGUAUGGAGCGGUUAUCUAUGUCCACGUUGAGACAACAAACAGAGUGAUCACGCAUCUCUUGAUUGCGAAAUCAAGAGUGGGUCCUGUCAAGUCACUUUCAGUACCCAGGUUGGAACUUUGUGGCGCAGUUCUAUUGGCCGAGCUAUCCUCGGCACUCCUCCUGAAACUUCCAGACGAGAGUUUCCGGACCUUCUGGACUAAUUUGACAAUCGUCCUGGCUUGGCUUAACAAGCCACCGUACAAGAGAUAG